AUGAUGUUCACCAAGGUCCUCACUCUCACCACUCUCCUCCUCACCGGCGCCCUCGCGGCUCCUGCCCCUCAGCCUGUCGCCCGUGCCAGCUACACUUGCGGUAGCAACACCUACUCCUCCAGCGCCGUCAACUCCGCCAAGAACGCCGGCUACGAGCUGUACUCCGACGGCGAGACCGUCGGCAGCAACAACUACCCCCACAAGUACAACAACUACGAGGGCUUCGAUUUCCCCGUCUCCGGCACGUACCAGGAAUGGCCGAUCCUGAGCUCCGGAAGCAUCUACAGUGGUGGCUCGCCUGGUGCUGACCGUGUUGUGUUUAACACCCAGAACCAGCUGGCUGGCGUGAUCACGCAUACUGGGGCGAGCGGAAACAACUUUGUUGAGUGUACUUAA